CAUCUGCGUGUCUCAUUACUAGAUUUCAACUGUAAUCUGCUGAUAAAAGUUCCUUGCAAUCCUUCGAGACGAUUCACAAGCCCCGAUCACACAAGCCGUUGCCAAUAGCAUACAAUCCAAAUACGGAACAGCGCCAUUUGGGACUACCAAGAAACCCGCUACCGACACCAUUUGUUUCCUGGCAUUAACUAAAAUAGCCUGUCUCACGGAAGGAAGAAGACAACCCAAGAGAUUGUAAAAUUGUACCAACAUACCUCUCCAGAUUGAAAAUACUUGAGCCUUUCGAGAAUUACGCACACUAGUGAAAAUCAGUGAACAGAAACAGUCGCUCGGUCUUCGCCAUCAUGACAUCGUCCUAUUACCUCCCGCGUAACGGCAGGUACAACAAAUACGGCCACGAUCAGAGAGCACCAGAGCGUAAACCCUACGAAUACAGUGGCCGGGCGAACGGGAACAGAAACAACGCGAUGGAGAGAAACAGAAACAGCGGAUGGAUGUGGUUCUCUUUUUGCCUGAUGGUAUGGGCACUGUCCCUUCAGUUUGGAGGUGUGUUGCGCGCACGUCCAUCCUCCCGAAUCCCCGCCCAAGACGGGUUUGAUCCCCGCCCGGGGCAACAGCAGCAACUACCACCCUCUAUGGAGCAACGACGCCGUAUUCAUCCGCAGCAAGCGCGGCGAAUGCAUCAGCAGCAUCCAUCGCGGCAAAUACAGCAGCAACAUUUGCUAGAUAACAAACAACAAAAGCGACGCAGAGCAGAGGAAAUCUCGGAUACCGGGGAAAUCAUUCUCGACGAAGUUGUCGUCACCGAUCCCCUGGAGGGCUUUCGAAAUUAUUCGAAAGCCGCUGAUCCCGACAAGGCCUGGGAGAACAACGAGAAAAUUCAGACCAUCUCGUCGAUGGAGGGCAAACUCCGAGCAACCCUUCUGCAGAAAUAUGACAGGAACUCCUACCCAUGGGAGUGGGCCUGGGACCAGAACUUUUUCGAGGAAUACGACCGUGAGGGUGAGAACGAAGGAGACAACAGGACGGAAUCCUCAAAAAUCCGACAGGGGCUGCCAGUCGAUUUCGGUUUGAAUUUUCACAAAGGUGAGCCAGUAUGUAUAGUGUUGGUGGUCGGUGGGUACUUCGGUUGAAAUGAUGAUUCGAUUUGAUUCUACUAUGCAAUGCAAUGUAAAGCAAAGUCACUUUUUCCUCAUCUGUUGGUUUCCAUUGAAUCCAAUCCAAUGCAACACGACGCACCGCAACACAACGCCAAAAAAGUCCACGAUUUGGACGUUGCCGAAUCGACAGCCGAUCUCGUUAUCUGGGUCCGCAUUUCUUGGGUUGACCCGCGCCUUGCCUGGGACCCGAACGACUUCAAUGGGCUGAAAAACUGCUGGUUCUUCGUGACCGAUGGCAUUGGCGGUGGGGAGGUCUCGGAGAUCUGGACGCCCGAUAUUUAUCUGUGGAACCAAGAGGACACCAUGGCGAACUCGCUGGCCAACACGUACGCAAUCGUUUCGAGCGACGGAUCGGUCUAUUGGAGCCGACCGGGGCGCCUCAAGUCGACCUGCAAGUACCUUGGGCUUGAGAAUUUCCCUUUUGAUGAUCUCAGCUGCGCGCUAGAAUUUGGGAGCUGGGCCCAUUCGGGGCUCUACAUUCGGCCGAGCAAGCUUGAUGGCACGGGGUACAGCAUAGGAAACAGCGAAACGUCCGGGAGCUCCUUUGUCGAGUUCGAGAUCCACGAUGUCGAGGUCGAGAGCGUCGUUUACCCGCCGUUUCUUGCCGCACCGGAGGAAGACUGGCCUGUCCUGAUCUAUACCCUCACCUUUAAACGGGCGAGCGCACCGUAUCUCCGCGGGGUGCUCCUAACCAACAUCUUGCUGAACAUGGCGGCUUUUGCCUGCUUCUGGAUGCCGCCCCACGUCGGAGAGCGAAUGGGUCUGGCCAUUACCUGUGUGUUGGCGGCCGUUGCGGGGGAGCUGGUCAUGGCAUCCAACCUUCCCAAUUGCUCGGAGAUGUCCUGGUACAACAAGUUCAUGUUCGGGAGCUCGGGCUUCGCCUUAUUGGUCGUCUUUCAGUCAGCCGUCGUCAUUUACUUUUUCUUCUUGACCAAGGACGACCUGGUGCCCGGAUACAUCAAAUGGUUGAAGCGGAAGCUGCUCAACGAGAAAAAGAAAGAGAAAUAUUCUAGCGUGGAAAAAGCAAAGGACCAACACACCAAUGACAUGACCCAAGACGACGAAGAAGAAGACAAUUUCCCGACGAACUUGAACCGAAAGGCCAGUAUCAAUUCGGUGGAAGAAGAGGAAGAUUCCGAUGCCCAGACCCAAAGCCCCGAGAACGAGAGAAUGUUCCAGCGUCCUAAACUCUUGCCCUCCCAAAGCGAAAAAAGCAUCGACAUCUUUCAGUCGACGACAAAUAGAGCGCGAAGACGUGUUACCUUGAAUCUGAACGACUCCAUGGUCAAUGGUUCGACACUCGCGCAGUUUCUCCACACUCAGAACGCUCUCACGGGUGAUACAACGCCCCGGUACCGCGACGAUGCCGAAGACGAUGCCGAAAAAGAAGCCGCUAAGGAGAGGGAAAACCAGAAACGUUGGAUGAAAGUUGGCGAGAACAUCGACUCAGCAUGUCGUGUAAUCGUCCCUGCUGGUUACUUGGCCUUUCUGGCAUUGAUAUUCAAGGAUACUGGUCAUUUCGAAGGAUUUUACAGCCUUUUCAAUUGAAUAAAGCAAUGGAUGUGUACUCGACAAAACGGAGCUUAGAUAUGCAAAUUGUGCGACGAGAAGAUGAAUGUGUUUAGAAGUUUGAAAUUACUAAUUGUAGAAUUAUCAUCCUUUUGUGCCAUCGAAUUUAGAUUUAUGUGUCAAUAGUUUGCAUCGAUAAUGUCGUUCAUGGUGCAAGAACUUUUCUUCGUGGCACUAGUCUAAGCCAGGAAAGCAGUAGCAGUAGCGUACAGAAAAUCAUAUCUAACAGAUCCUGUUGGAACUACUUGGUGUUGAAAUGGUGCACUUCCUGAAGAGUUUUCUGUGGACAGCAUCCUCCUCCUUGUGGCCCUUUUGAAUUGGUGGCAAAGUAGCAUGAUUUGGUGGAUAGCCAUGCAGUUAAAUUGCUCCAGAUGAAAAUGCACACGAGCUACAAAUAGCUACAAAUAUUUUUAGUACUGGUUGUACUUUUCAAUCUCAUGUGUCAUCCAAUAAUGAGUUGGUAUGAAUGUACACUUAACAGUCUAGUAGUAAAAUGAAGUAGAUUGAAAGGGUUGAACAAGGAGGAGCACUGGUGUCAGUACUACUUCCAUAUUUUUCCAAUGGUAGGAGUUUGUCAUACAAGCAGAAAAGGAGGCUCUCCUUCCUUACAAGGCUAGGGCAUGACCCAUUCAAUUUGCAAAUUUAUGGCUUCUUAGUCAUUAUUAGUAUUAGUUGGCAUGGAAUCCACAAACCUUAUUUCAUCAGAUCUUGCAUGGAUCACCAUGGUUUCAUCUAUCUAGUACCUGCUGUAUGAUAAGGAGCAACAAGGAACUAGCAGUGCUCAUAAUGAUUCAUGUUCAAUGUUCUGCCAAUUGAGGUAGAAAAUAUGACCAAGCUCAGAAACUUCUCUGUCACUAGUAGUUGCUAUUGCCACAUUUUUUGUUUUAGUACAAGUAGUUUUCAACAAUAAUCCAUGCCAAGUCAAACCCAUGAUUUUCUGAUUCUAGUUUACGGUACUACUACUAAUACCUUGCCUCAGGUUCACCAAAGAAUCAAACUCAAGUUUUUCAUUUCUUGGCCUUCACUUGAGUCAAAGUUUGAGGCGGUCGUGAUUGGUAGUGCUACUAGUUGUUCUUUUAGUUUGCAUUAUAUGAAGAAUUCCCUCACGUUAAGAAAUCAAGUGUCCACCAUCAAAUGACACAUCCAUGGAUGUUGGUAGGUGGAGUGCUGGAUACAAGACCCCAAGAGUUUCCGAUCUCUACUUCAAACCUCUCCUCUAUCCGAAGUUCUGGCACUAUGUCCGCUGCAAUACUUAAAUUUUCGUACUGAAUGAAUGAGUAAGCAUAAGAGUAGACGUCGUGACGACAACAAUUGUACAGUAUUAUACAAAAUUAUAAGCGAUUCAAUUGCCUGUAUCUAUCUCUAUAUUUGAUUGAAUCGAAUUGAUUUCUUCGGAUGUGUUAUAUCGAUCCGACAACGCUCUGGGAGCUCCCUCUUCGAGUUGUGAUUGUCGUUGUGGCGUCCUGCUGCUGUUGUUGUUGUUGCUGCUGCUGCUGCUGCUGCUGUUGUUGUUGUUGUUGUUUCUGUUGUUGCUCCGUGUUUUCGUUCGUUGCAAUUGUAGUCAGGACUAGUGUGGUGCGUUGGGAGGAGGGAUCGAUCCAAAAUGCAGCCGUUUCGGUCGAGUUGUUCGAAUCGGGACCCUCCUGGAAGGGCGCGUCCCCGCCUACCUUGUUGAAAUCUGCCCACUCGCGCUCCAGGUAAAAGGGGUCGUGCUGGGGAACUAUAUCUUCUGAUGCGUCAGCAGAGCUAUCGUAGCCCCAGAGGGCUGCUGCGUGGUCGGCAUCUUCAAGUGAAAAGUAACCGGUUUCGACGCGCUGGUCUUGCUGAUGGUGUCGAAGGGCCUUGCCGACCUUCUGGAUGGCAUCCUUUUCUGCUUCUUCUCUCUCGGCCCGCUUCUGUUCCUGGAAGGCAAGAUAACGCUCGUAGAUGGACUCGGCAUCCUCAGUCAGCUCAUAGUGCUCUUCCCAAUCGGCACCGUACUUUUCGGCAAGCGAAUUUCGAUACCGCUGGUAGAUUACCUCCAUUUCAUCGAGCUGCUCGAGGGUCCAGUAAUCGUUUGGAUCGUAGUCUUCCUCACCCUCUUCUUGUUCGUCGUCUUGUUCGUUAUCCUGUUCGUAAUUAUUCUCGUCCUCCAGUCCUUCGCAUUCCUCCCCCUCUUCACAUUCGUAGUAUUCCCAUUGAUCGUCGUCCUGUCUUUGGUAGACUUCCACUUCUACGUCACAUUCGUUGUGUUCGCAUUCAUCUUCCUCGUAAUAGUAUUCCCACUCGCCGUCUUCGCAUUCGACGUUUUCGCACACCUCAUCAAUGACUUUGGAAGAUGUAGAAGAAUAUUCUUGGCCUGUGGAAGGGUCUUCAUCAACAUGUGU